AUGGCGCAUCUAAAAGGCAUAAUAAUUUCCAAAAUUUUGUCGCCGCACUUGGGGGUUGGAACAUGUAUGGCGACUUGUUCCGUAGAAAAGGUAAUGCAUUUGCAUUUCACCGCCAAACACCGCUGCCUUGCGGUGUGGGCGCCCUGGCAGUAUCCCAGCCCUCGUACAACCAUGACCUACACAACUAACAAUACUCUCAUGCCACAUCGGCCGUCGCGUGGUGCCAUCAGCCGGGCCACCUUACUCGCUGCAUACAGCAGGGCGGGUAAGCGAAAACAUGCUACUGCUGACGCCUCCCUUCUUUCACUUUCACGUUUUCCAUCUUCCGCCCUCCCUCGCCCAAAUUUGAAUACUUUAUCCGCAGGUCCCAGCUCUAGGACUGACCGUUUUGCUCGCCCUGCAUCACUUUCAGCUGCAGCUUCUGCACGUCCGAGUUCAGUUACAACCCUAAACACUUCGAAGUCUGUUUUCAAACCCCGAAAGCCUGUCUACUUAGCCACUUUCAAUGUUCGCACACUGAAGCAAGCAGGUCAACAGGUGGCUCUUGCGCGUACGCUGGAUUCCCUCUGUAUUGAUGUAUGUUGUCUGUCAGAAACAAGGACGCAGGACGCAAGUACUUCAACUGUAACAAGAUACAUACUCUUGGACAGCUGCAUACAGACUGUCAAGGCUGAGACUUUGGUCCACCCGGCCUCAACUAGUCUCGUGUUGUUUCAAACCGAUGUCAUCAUGAUACAAUCCGAUAAUCCGCCGCCCCCGGAUCCGUUGCAAUUCUCUGUGAUCCCGAUAGCCAUGUCGAAAACUAGAGAACAACAUAUCAAAACGAAAGGUCCGUUAGCCUUUGAAAAACUGUGCCACACUGCCCCUGAGGAACUGAAGGUCUUCCGGGGCGAGGCUGACCACAUGUUCGGCCUUUAUGUCGUUUGGCCAUCUAGCAUUCCACGGAUCCCGGCGCAGCACACGGUCCUGAAGAAGCUCAAAAUGAAAACGUUCAUGUGGCUAUUAUUGGACAUCCAGCAAAAAACAUCCACGAUCAUUGGGUCCCGGUGA